CAGGUCCAUCUCGUAAUGGAGUUACAUCGAGUUGGGUGAAGUUGCCGGCAGCAAAUUUCCCCAGCCUAAAACGGGUCACUUAUUUACAGUGUUUCAGAAUGAUGCUGUUGGUCCUGGCGCUAGUUGUGCUCGUGCUUGAGGCCUCUAGUUUAAAACCCGACGUAUCUGAGACGAGUUGUGACUUCGAGACUACUUGCGCCUGGAACUGGAGUACUGAAAUCCCUCACGGCUUCCGCCGCGUGACUGGUCAGGAGGCAGGCGUACCCUCCAAUGAUGCUAACAACGACACUCUCGGUCACUUCUUGUUGCUGCGGGCGGAAGGCUCCGGGCCCCGGGAGGUGCACGUAUGGAGCCCAAUGUUCUUGGGCACUCGGCAACAGCAGUGCCGCCUCGAGGUGUGGCUAUACAUGUCAAACAUGUCGCGCUCCACGUUGCGUCUGGUGAGCAACUCCACCAAGCAGUGGAUCGUGAAGGAGGUCCGUGGUAACAGCAACAGAUUGUGGGAGAUGGCUCGUUACACUAUCGGACCCAUCCGUCAGAACUUCAGCCUCAUACUGGAAGUAGUGUCGGAGGAUCCCGCUCCUGCGCUCAUGGCGCUGGACAAUCUACGGCUCGUCGACUGUUUCAAUAACGUUGCAGCACUGGAUGCGAAUGAAGCCUACAAGUUCUUGUGCUCCAACAACGUGUCUAUCAACAGGCAGUACGUGUGUGAUCUGCAUAAGGACUGUCCGGAAGGCGAAGAUGAGGAACAGGACUGUGACAAACUUCCGUCAUACUCACACUGCACAUUUGAGGAUGGCUUGUGCGGUUGGUAUGACAAGAAUACGACGUGGAUUCGACAGAACGGCUCAUUCGCCAGUGGUCCUAAUGUGGACCACACAUACCAGAAUGAAUCAGGUGUGUAUUUGUAUGUGAACGUGUCAGAUUCACACAUGGGGACAGGUUCGAUCCUCGAGAGUCCAAUAUUCCACCCCCCACCCUGUUACCACAGUGGGAAUGAUAAGCUGUAUAACAACAGCUGCAGGAUCCGGUUUCACUACUUCCCAUACGGUGUGCACAGUGUAGGCCUGGAGCUGAAAGUGGUCAAGAUUCAGUCACACCACAACACAACCUCAAGAAUAUUCUGGUUCUUUGGAAGUCAGGGACACGGCUGGAUCAGAUCGGUCAUCAUCUUGCCAAAUAUUACGCACAGGUACUACCUGCAAUUCCAUGCAGUGAAGGGAUACAAACCUGGCUACAUGAGUUUGGAUGACUUCUCCAUGAGUCCUGAGUGUUUUGGCUUUGGUGUGCCUGCCAAUGUAUCAGGUGACUACGUGUACAACAGUACUUACUGCUACCAGACAGAUGCAGCAGAUAAGGAUAUACACCAAGAUUUCAUCAACAAGACCGUGUACGCCCUCACUACUUGUGGAGCGAGAGGCGAGGAAGGUCCAACAUCAGAGAACUGCUUUACAGCAUACCAACAUUCUGCCACAAAUGUCUCUGUGCUGGACGCUGCCCCUUGGGCUGGCAUACAACGAUGGACAGUUCCGGAAGGUGGCUAUUACACGAUCAUUGCAAAGGGUGCAAGUGGGGGCCAUGGCCCUGUUGGAGGCUCCAGUACCGGCGCUAUCGUGCGCACAGUCGUCGAGCUUCACAGAGGACAGCACUUGUACGCACUCGUUGGACAGGAAGGCUCCAGUGGCUGCAAAGACCCAAGCAGAGAGACCUGUUCCCAGUCCAACAAACCGAGUGCCUCCAAAAGCAGUUCAUUAAUACGUAUGCUAGUGCUGCCACAAGAAAACAGCUCUAUCAGCAAAGUGCGAACUCUCAACUUCACGUAUGGGGGCGGAGGAGGCGGUGGUGGCACUUUCGUGUUCCUGGUGAACCGAGACAACAAGUCUGUGCCGCUGGUAGUGGCAUCUGGUGGAGGUGGCCUGAGUCACAGCAAGAGUAAAAAUGAUAGUGUUCAGCAUGGGCGUGGUCUAAAUGCUAGCAGAUUGGACGUGACUGGCACUGAGUUUGGUGUUGGUGCUGCAGGUGCGGGCGGUGGCUGGAGGAAAAACAGCAAUUUGGAGUUAAGGAUGGAAACUGGAAGGGCACUCCUGGACAGUGGCGUUGGUGGAAAGGCAUGUUACAGAGGGGAUGGUGCUGGAGGGUUUGGUGGCGGAGGGGGUGGUUGUGCAGCAGGGGGUGGUGGAGGUGGAUUUGCAGGUGGCAACGCAUGGUCAGCGCCCACAAGGAAUGGGGAGGGCGGCUACUCAUAUGUCAGAAAAGAGAUUCUGAGUGAUAUUGAGACUGGAAAACACCAUGGCUCGGGUUCAGUGCUUAUUAUUCCCGGGUUAGACAAGGCCUGCAGUUGCGACUAUCGCUGCGUGGCACUGGAUGAGUUCCGCAGCAGCGUCCAGUGCAUUUGUCCUGAAAACUGGUUGCUCGCUGCUGACAACACGUCUUGCAUAUUGCCACCAGAGCGUCCGUACACUUACAUCGUCGGUGUGACGGGAAUAGGCAUCGCGCUGGUCUUUGGACUCGGCUUGAUGUGCUUCUUUUUAUAUAACAAGUACCAACGCAAGAAGACGGCCACAGUCAGGCAUUGGAUGAACAGCGGACGAGACUUGCCCCUGAACAGGUUGAGGGAAGCUUCUGAUAGUAUGAUGACCGAGUUCAACCCCAACUAUGAGUUUGGUGGAGGGACUUACACCAUUCAUGACUUAAAGGAAAUUCCGCGGGAUCACCUGCGACUCGUCAAAGCACUGGGGCAGGGGGCAUUUGGUGAGGUAUACCAAGGUUUCUUUCGUCACCGCGCUGGAGACGCAGUGGAAAUGCCAGUAGCUGUGAAGACUCUUCCAGAGCUGUCAACCCACCAGGCUGAAAGUGACUUUCUCAUGGAGGCACUGAUCAUGAGCAAAUUCAGCCACCCGAACAUCGUUCACUUUAUCGGGGUCUGCUUUGAUAAGCACCCACGCUUUAUUGUACUGGAGCUGCUUGCAGGUGGUGAUUUGAAGACGUUUCUCAGAGAAUCCCGCCCUAAACCGGGACGGCCUUCUCCCCUCACAAUGAAGGACUUGUUGAUGUGCGCUAUGGAUGUUGCAAAGGGCUGCAGAUACAUGGAGCAGAAUCGUUUCAUCCAUCGUGACAUGGCAGCUCGGAACUGUUUGCUCACCACGAAGGGACCGGGCAGGGUUGUUAAGAUCGCUGAUUUUGGCAUGUCGAGGGACAUAUACAGAGCCGACUAUUACAGAAAAGGCGGUAAAGCUAUGCUUCCCGUAAAAUGGAUGCCACCUGAAGCAUUUCUGGAUGGUAUCUUUACUACAAAAACCGAUGUCUGGUCAUUUGGCGUUCUGCUGUGGGAAGUGAUGUCACUUGGUUACAUGCCAUAUACUGGCUGCAGCAACAAGGAAGUUAUGGAUCUUGUGACCAGUGGGGGCCGCCUUGAACCUCCCAGUAACUGCCCCGGACCCUUAUAUGGGGUCAUGACGCAGUGCUGGCAUCCUAAUCCAGAUGAGCGCCCCAGCUUCAGCACCAUAAUGGAACGGCUCGGAUACUGCUUGCAGGACCCCAGCGUGGUGAAUGCGCCAUUGCCCGUGUUCUACCGCCCUCCCUCUUCAGAACGUGAUGCCACCAUCAUGCGCCCUCCUGAGCACGAAAACUCAUGCCUACACGUGCAGAGAAUCGCCGACUACCUGGUGCCACUUCCGGGGCCCGGGGUCCCCGAACUGCCCUCAUCUCCCUCCACAAGUAGCGUGUACAAGCUGCUGGCUGCCAACUCAUCAUCGAACUUGGAAACGAGCUUUGUGAUGCCGGAGUCCAAGUCGACGCAGUUGCUCCUGGAGGAGGUGUUGUCCAGCAGCAGCAGCAACUCGGGCAGUGCAGAGAAACCUGCAGCGCUUGGCAGUCUGGUGAGUCUGGACAAGCCAUCACCUAACAACAACAAUAAUAACAAUAACAACAACAACAACCCACAACACAACAGCCUGAAGGCUAGCUUGUCCCUGGACGCUGGAGCACUGGCCAAGCAGCCUCUUCCGUACGUUAAUGUGAGCAUGACCCCCUCCCAUGUCUUGGAGCCCGAGGUCAAGUCGCAGGGACGACCAUUCACCGUUGAGGGAGCAGUCUGCAGGAAACUUCUCUCAGACAAUGAGAUCUCAUGCUAAAGGGUGUCAGACGCUCGGCGCGAAUAUCGCACUGCCUCUGGCUCUCCUGUCUUUGCGUACCUUGUCGUCAACAAAUAUGGCUGCCCUGUGAACGUAAGAGGUGGAAAAACAGUAGUGCCAUAAUAAGCAGGGUCAUGACGUUUUAUAUGUGAAAAAUAUGCUACUUUUAUAAAGGUUAAUUUGUUUUUAAAUAUUUAAAAUGACAACAUGGCGACCACUGAAAAUGUGUCGUGGCGACAGUAAUCGUGACUCGCCACGUGACGUUCUUGAGAACCCGAGUGCUUUUAAAACUUAUCUGGUCCCGCAGACUGUGUUGUCCGUCUCAGUCAUUCCCCCAGGACCGGAUUCUGAAACUGAAGCUUUCCUAUUUUUUGAUAGCGGGAGGAACACGUUUUUACUUCGUCUGUGAAGUAGCUGAAGUACAAGUAAGUUUUAAUACAAAAGACUGUGUCUGUGUGGCUUUACAGGAAAUCGGCUGUCACGGCCUUCGAUAUUCUUGUUUUUACGUGUUUAGGAGGACGUAAGUUUCGCCAUUAAAGUUGGUUAGUGAGCGUCGAGAGAAUUUCUUUGAGAUGUUUCUGUUAUUUUCAGAACGGUAGGAGAUCCCGCGAGUCACGGUUUUGAUAUUUUUUAGAUGCUUGGUGUGACCAUAUAGUUGAGAGUGGCCAGGUUCAGAUCCCGUUAGAAGCAUGGCUCCGUGUAACAAGGGCACAACACACUUGUGACUGUUACAUAGGCACUGCCUGCUGCAGUUUGCGUACCUGAACGCACUCUGCCACCCGCGGCUAACGAGAGCUUGCAUCCUUUUUUUAUUUAAGUUGACUUCAUGUUCCAAACUGUUUCCUAACUCACAGAAGAUUAAAAUUCAUAAAAAUGUAACUUAUCUGUUGUUUUAUGUGCGUGUGAAACGUCUGUCGCCGUGAAGGAAGUAUACAGAUCGGGAGCAUCUGAGAAAAAACACGUGAUUUUCAUCUCAUGUUGUCAAAAAGUUUAACUAAUGGGUAUAUAGUGCAUAUGAGGGAAAUAGGAAAUGGAUAAAUAAUUUUGGUAAGAAAACCUCAGGCGAAGAGAACUAGACACGAAUAGCAAGAUAAUAUUGGAGUUGCCUUCGGAGGAAUAGAUUUUAAAGUGGGAACUAGGCCAGAAUAGGAUUCGGUGUUGGGUUUGUCAGAAUUAUGAUGAAAAUUUUGGUUAGAGAUUUGUUGACGAGCCGAAUGUCUGUAAGAUGAUCUCGGACGACCCCGUGCCACGCAGUUUUCCGGAGGAAGAGUGCGUUCGGGUGCCAUCGCAGGAUGGCGCAAUGUUCUCUUUACGUAUAAACCGUCUUUAUUCCCUGAUCACUUUCAUUCUAUUGCAUGUACGUUGAGUCAACACGAAAUUCAAAUGCUCAAACCUACGCAACAAGAGACACUGCCACCUGGAUUAGGGGUGGUAGGUUAGGGGUUUUGUCUGCGCCACCCCUAGGCAUGGGCCAUUGUCGCAAGUAACGAAGCUGGCAUUAAGUUAUGUGUCUCGCCAUCGCAUGGGGCUGCCACCCUGCCUGUCCUUCCUACUCGUGUCGUAGUCAGUAGUGUUUCUGCUUCACCCUGGGUUUGAUUCCCAGCCUGGGGGCCAGCUGUUGUUAGACUUUCUGUGGAUUUACAGAUCAUCUCCAAGAAAAUCCUGGGACAGAAUCUUAAGUAACAAUCAUGCCAUUGUACAAUCUAUCAUUAUAGUCGUGCUCCCAUUUGUCAUUACGAGAAAGUUUCAUUAAAUAAACUAAGACAUUUCUGAGGAUAAUCGUUAUCAACGUUGCACAUGCAAUUAGAAGUUUAUUAAUUUUUGAGGUAAGGAGCGUCUCAUCAAGCUACUACCGGACUACACGACAUAGCAACCCAGUUGAUCUUCAUACUUGCCGCCACGAGAUCCUCAAAUCUCACUAUGAAAUAUCUUUCUGUCAUUACAAAAGAUUCAAUCCGGUUAAUCGGGACGCAUACAGCCUCAGACAUUUCUUGAACAGUCAUCCUUUGCCCCUUGAUUUAAUGUACUUUAUCAUUAAUUUUGUAAGUCUGUUAAUUUGCAUUUUAUUUAAAUAACAAACAUUUAUGUUUUGAAAUUUUGAAACUUUGGUUAAGUAUUCGAUUUUUAACGACAGUUCCUUUAAUUUUGUUUCAUUUCUAUUUUGCGGUCUGUCUAAUGAACAUGUGCCAUUGUAAACUUAUAAUUGAGUAUGACUCAAGAGGUGCAUGAAGUUAAUUAAUCUAUAAUUGAUUUAAAUUUCCAAUUAAUCUUUUCAGAGAUUAUUUUAAUUUUUACUAGAAAUUGUACCACGACUUAAAAUUUUAUUUUCCACACCCUCAGUUGAAUUAAUGCAAUCCUGCAUUUUGCUGCGUGUUUUACUAAUGCAGAUGGAUAUUUCAUGUCGCUGCGCUAAGUUACAGGACAUAAUAAUGGAAAUGUGGGCUUUCAUAUAGUCAUUCCAGACAUUUUGUGUCUGAAAUAAAAUAUUUGCCAAAAUAAUAGUACAAAAUGUACCUGAUAUCCAAUGUUUUUUUCUUUUUACAAUUAAGGGUAAAAUUAUCUGUGUCUGUGAGCGCCGGGUGUACGCGUCAUUUGUAACCCCAGUGCUAUACGUAGGUCAGCUGCAUGCAGGUGCCUAUCGCAGAGAAGGCAGCGGCGAAGAGAGAUUUCUGCCCCUGCCUAGAAUCAAACCCCCCACAGCCAGGCUGAGGUAUCCCAUCUCAUAGUUCACGCUGUGCAUGCGAUUCCACCUUCCUGGCCCAUAUGUGAAAUUUGCCAACAUUACUGUAUAAUAUUUUGUUGUUCUCCCCGGGCAAGGUUUGCGUUGGACGUUUAGACCUUGUCCGAGAUCCUUGCUUGUGGCAGCCCCCAACACGUCAUUUUGGGGGGGAGCGGCGUAAGUGUAUGAUUGUUAGAUAUACAUUUUUAUACACAUAUAACAAACAAUAAUUAAUAAUAAUUAUAAGAAUAAUACGUGGUUGUAAAUGUUCGUGGUCACCAACAGAAGAGCUUAUAUUUUCAUGUUUGAGCCCUCGGAUCCAUUUAGAUAGCAGGAGAAUUCCCUACAUGUCAUAUUGUGCACAUGGAUUCAGGCAGUUGGGACCCUCAAGUCGUGUUCGGUUGGCGGUCGAACCGUGAGGAUUACGGAAGACACGAUCAUGGCUUAUUGCAGGGUACCAUACGGAUCCUCUUUAGAAGGGACUGAGAGAAGAAAGAAAUAUAUUGAAUAUGCGUCUGGACAGCUAACCUCUACACCACGAUGUUGAGUUGUUAACAUUAUUGUUUACAGAAAUGUAAAUAUCACUUUGUAACCUGAGAUUCCCUCAGGAAACACUGUACUCUGGGUCCAGGUGCCUGCAUGUUCUGUUCUGCCCACCUUGUGUCGAUGUGUGAGGUGUCUCUGUUUAUGAUUAGCCGUGUGAGUGUGAUAUAUGUACCGUAGUUCAGGGUUGCCUUGGUUGGAAUAAGAAAAAUAACCAAGAUCAAUGUCACCAGCAGAAAAGUUGUAAUAAAAAUAAACAUGAAUUAAAAUGA